GCAGGACCUACGGCCAAGCUAAUUAAUGUCUGGGUUUUCGGAUACAAAACCCCACGAGGCCUCUUCCUUCUCCCUCUGCUCUUCUUCACCUGAGCGGAUUCGCAGGAGCCUUGCCACACAAGAUCACCAACGUCACCCUUCGUCCAACUUGCAAUCAACGCUUUACAAGCACCGAUUGAACCUCUCAGUGUCUCUUAAACGGCAUUCUCACUUUCCAGUCACUUUACCUGUUUUGUUUAGUCACCAUCACCAGCUAUCCAAACCCAUCUUCCCACGGGUCAAAAUCGUCCAGGAUGUUGGCACAUCCAUCAAUGGAUCCACGGUUGACGAACCGUGGUGAUCCUCGUUACGGCUUGUUCGCAAAUCGGGGAACCAAGGUCAAGAAGGUCCAGAAGACAAAGUUUCUGGGUGUUGCCCCGAACACCGCGAAAGAAUGCCGAUUGGCUUUGCCUCACAACGGCGUGGCUGAAAGCUUCAUUGACGAGACCGACCUUACUACAACCAAGAUUCUUGCAGAGAUCAGGUCCAAACACAAUGUCUGGGUCAAGAUUAACCGUGGAGACCCCUUUGUCACACUCUCUGGUGACAAUAUUCAAAGCCUGAACUUGGCUAAGGACGCGCUGCGACUUUUCCUAGUCGGGAUUAACCAAGAGGUUCAAAACCGAAUGAUCAUCCUGACCCACCGCCCCAGUACAGCAACCCAGGAUGCGGUCCAUAUCAAACCAAUCGGCCAAGACAACCCCUUGUAUCGGCCUGUGGCCCUGAAGACGAUUGAAGAGGAUCUUAUCUGCUUCUCUGACAGUGAGGAUGGAAGCAAUGCCCUCGACGGCUUGGGUGGGCAAGUCCUCGAAAUCGCUUCCGGUUCUGACAUCGGCAACAUCGUGAAUCAAUUCCGAGUGGCCGUUCAUGAGACUGGCAAGCGUCUUCGGCCUGCUGCUGGCGAAUUGAGGGUGAGAGCGCACAUGGGGAUUUUCACGGUCAAGAAGCGGCAGAAAAAGACGGACAAGUACGAGUCCGACGAUGCCCUCAAGAAGUUUCUCGACAUGGGAGCCGAAAGAGGCUUCAUUUAUGUUCACCACAAGCUCGGCGACCAGUCCUGGGCUGCCCGCAUGCUCGAGACCAUCUACAAGACCGAAGACCCCAACAACCCAGCCGCCGCCCAAUUCUACGUGGCUGACGCUUCGGAGGUCUCCAUUCGAGACAUGAAGCCCAACUUCACCUUGGUGCUGUUUGCGAAAGACCUCAAGAUCGAGGUCGACAUCACAUAUGACCCAAAGUAUCACUCCCACCCUCACGUCGGUAGUGUGCGAGCAUUCUCAUUCAAGCGAGACAAGGUUGCAGAGGUUGCAGUUGCCUGCCCCAACAGGAUCCAAAUCCCUGCGGAGGUGCUAGAAUUCAUCCACUACGGCCUGAGGUUCAAGCCUCCAGUCUCAAAGGAGACGGGAAUCAACGACGAUUUCUUGGUUACGGAGAUGAACAACUACCUACUUCGUGCCGCAAGCAUUGACAACGUUGCCUGCAAGGUCUUCUGGACCUUUCAGACUGCAGAAACGCCCUACUACCUUGAGGUGGCAGUCUAUCAUGAGUGGGGUGGUGCUUUACUCGAGACAUCCAAACCUGUCUACCCUUGGAAGGCUCUGAAUACUGCCGCGGUCCCUCAUCCGAUCAAAUCGUGCGGAGUUUCGAUCUAUGGACACGACUGGGACCACAAGAUGCGAGGCAUGAACAAGCCGGGAAAAGAACGACAGGCAGAUUUCGUCAAUGGAUUCCCUGAACUGUUUGACAGUGAAGAAUACAACACCGGAAUCGAACACUUCUUGCAGCAAAUCCAGCGCCUACAUGAUUUCACAGAUUUGGCCAAUGAAUCAGGACAAGGACUGGUCUGA